AUCGAGGCCAAUGCAAGCUGCACAUAUGAUGCCGCCUACACUCGCGGCAGACACGCCGCCAUGGCCUCGCGCAGGAACACCCGCGCCUCGCCGCCGCAUCAGCAGCCGCAGCCGCAGCCGCAGCCGCCGCCACAGCACCAUGAGCGGCAGCCCUCGUCGCAGUCGGAGCCGGUGACGCGAUGGCAUCCCGCCAACCGCCCGAGCUCCUCCGCGACGUCCGGCCGGCAUCCGCUGCCCUCCGGCGAGCCCCCGGGCUCGUCCUACUCUGCCCUCGGCGGGGACCCCACCCAGCCCGGCACCGAGCCGCUGUCACGGGCCUCCCCGGAGCCUGUGCAGACGGAUCUCGAGGGCCACUACGUCGGGCCCUCGUCCGGCGUCUCGUUCCUGCUGCGGAUUCAGAAGCGGCUAGACCAGUUCGUGUCCUUUCCGCAGGGGUCGUCCAUCUUCACCUUUGGCGACGCGCCGCUGCCCUACCUGGACUCUCUGCAGACGGAGGCGCCGUACUUUGACCCGACGCUGUACAUGAUGCUGUCGCGGAGUGACACCACGCGGCUCGUGCAGAGGUACUUUGACUUUGCCGUCCCCGUGGACAGGUUCCUCCACCAGCAGACGAUCGAGGCGUGGCUGGACGAGUUCUACGAGACCAAGGGCAAGAUGCACAAUCGUGAGGACGCGUCGACCCGGACGGCCGUCUUGUUCAUGGUGUUUGCUCUUGCGCAGGCGCACAUGAGCGCGAGGCCAACGUCUGACGAUGCCGAUGUGAGUGUUCGGUAUUUCCUUGCAGCACACCAAUUGCUGGCCAGAGAAAAGGGAGCCAUCCGCCUCGCGAGCAUCCAAGCCCGUCUGCUGCAAUGUCUCUGGCUGCUGUCCGAGUCGCGCAUCAAUCACUGCUGGAACCUCUUCGGCACCGCCGCCCGCCUUGCCUAUGCCAUUGGCCUACACCGAAAGCGCCAUGCGGAUCGCAUCGACCGUAUCGAGGUCGAGUGCCGGAGAAGGACCUUUUGGAGCGCCUAUGCAUUGGACAACUACCUGAGCAUGGCGCUGGGAAGGCCGCGGACCUUUCAUGAUGACGAUAUUGACCAAGAGCUGCCGUCUUGUGUAGACGACCACCAGAUUCAUGGUGACCACAUCAGCGGAGGCAGCACCCAUGGUCAGUCAGUGAUGCUAGGACCAGUUGCAUAUGCCAAGAUGUCUCGCAUACUGAGCAUGAUUCUCCGCAACGUCUACUCCAUCCACCCAACCUCGCGCAACGACAAGCACGCCUUUGCCACCAUCCACACAAAGGAGCUCGUCGAGUGGCGCGCCGACGUCGCCCACUUCCUCGACCCCGUGACCAACAUGCCCCUGAUCCCCAUCUUCCAGCGGCAGAAGAACGUGCUGAACCUGGCGUACUGGCAUACCAUGAUUCUCACCCACAGGCCGUUUCUGCUUCGCAACUUUGCGCAGCUGCAGAAUGGCAGCCGGCCGCGUCGCGACGAUCGCGAGUUUGAGUCGCGGAUAGAGCAGAGCGUUCGUGAAUGUCUGCAGGCGGCUACGAACAUUACCAAGACGGUUGAUGACAUGUACUCAGGAGGGCAGCUUUUUCGAGCAUACUGGUUUACCUCGUAUUUCGCCUUUUCCGCCGCAGUCAUUCUUUACGUCUACACCAUUCAGAAAAGCAACGAGCCUGAAGAAACGUACUCUGGCUACUUCGCAGCCGCCACCCGAUGUCAAGACCAGCUGUCCAAUCUUGCCGAAGACGGCUCCCUGGUGUGGCGAUACUGUCUGGUCCUGGAAGAGCUUCGCCUCGAAGCGCUGAGACAGACGAAGCAGGGUCAGAUCAACAUUGCGCGAUCGCCGGGGCAGAGACAGGCUGCUGCUGCAAUGGUCCAUGCGGCCAAUGGCGGUGACUCGUUCGGGACGACUGUUGAUGGGGCAAUGGGUGUUGGGGAGCUGGGGGCGGGUAUGACGGACAUGGGCGGCAUUGGCGAUAUAUACGUGACGCCGACGGAUUCGCUGGCUGAGAUGACGGGCUGGGCUCAGUUUGAUGCGAUGGCCAGCGUUUCCAUGGAUGGGUUUCAGCUGAACAUCUAAUG